CGUUCGAGACCAGUGAGUCAGGAAGCGCAUGUAGGACACAAUCAAGCCUUCGCCAUUUGAUGCGUUUUGAGAGCAAAACUCUUUACAUUAAACUUCCCCAACAGCCAAACCUUGUUGAGUUGGCGAAGCAUGACACGCAAUACAGCCGAGAACUUCGCCAUCGGGGCCGCCUAUUGCUGUCGACCAGUAGUCAUCACCAGAGCUGUCGGACUAGCAGGAUUAGGCGCUGGAGGUAUCGUGACUGGAACUCCUGCUGCCGCUAUUAGGGCCACAUACGGAGGCAUGGUUGGUGCAGGCUGCGCAUGCGCAGUUCUGCAGUUUGUUGGGGCUGUUGGGCUCGGGGCUAUUGGGUCAGCUGUUUUCAGCGCAUUGGGAUGCACGACAGCUGCCGCUGGGGCAAAUUUAAGGAAAAACCAAGUCCGGAAACAGUGGCUGGCGACAAGAGACACUCGGAAGACAAAUGCCGCGAUAAUGACAAAGACAGGGCGAAGUAGAGUGAGAGCGAGAGCGGCUCUGCGUGGAUGGAGGAAUCGGAAGAGAAACCGCUCAGGGGAUCCAUGUCGAAAGACGCUGAUUCUGGCCUAUAGCAUGUUUUAUUGCAUUUAGUCGACAAGAUGGGCGCAUGAAGCUAUGCAUGUUUUCCAUUGAAUUCCCUUUUUCGAGAAAUGAAC